CUCUGCCUGCACUAAUCCGGCUCCGUUACACCCAGGAUAGAAGAGGCUGCUCCCAGCGGGUGCUGCCACAGUGCAGAUGCUGUCCUCCUGACCACCCUCUGCAUUGACACACAGGAGCCUCACUGAACCGGGAGCACUGCAGGGCAGCCACCUCCUGCCCGGAGAGUCCCCAUGGAGCAGGGCGGCGGGCAGGGCAGUGUGCCUGGCGCUGGGGGAUGUGGUGGCAGCGCAGCCCCCCCGGCUGCCCAGCCCCAAGCAGGGACGGUGCCGGCUGCCACCACAGCGCAGGAUGGAGGGAAGGAUGAACCAGCACAGGAGAAGGCUCCAGCUGCUGCUCUGAAUGGGAAGGAGAAAUCUGCAGGAGAGGCUGGAGGAGGGAAGGCAGAGCUGGUGGGGGAGAAGUCCCCAACCACUCUGGAGCCCCGCGAUGGAGGGAAGGCAGUGCUGGCAGAGAAGGGGACUUCGGCUGUGCAGCGCGAUGGAGGGCAGGCAGCAUCCACGGAGAAGGUGCCGGCUGCCACCAAGGCCCAGGACGGAGGGAAGGAUGAGCCUGGGAAGAAGAAGUCUGCAGCUAUGGGAGAGCCUAAAGGAGGGAAGGCCGCGUCUGUGGAGGGAAAGGCUCCAGCUGCUGCCAAAGCUCAGGCUGGAGGGCAGGAUGAGAAGGACAAGCCCAAGGAGGAAAAGGCUCCGGCUGGAGGAGAGCCCAAAGGAGGGCAGGCAGCAUCCACUGAGGAGAAGGGCCUGGCUGUAGCAGAGGCUCGGGAUGGAGGGAAGGACGAGCCCAGGAAGGAGGAAGCCCCGGGCGGGUCAGAGGCUGAGGGUGGUGGGAAAGCAGAGCCGACAGAGAAGGCUGUAGCUGCAGCCGGGUCUGAAGGAGGGAAGGCAAAGCCCACAGAGGACACAGCACCACAGGCUCGGAAUGGAGGCAAAGAGGAGCCUGCAAAGGAGAAGGUCACGGCUGCUGCUAAGGUUCAGGACAGAGGGAAGAAAGCUGCAAAUACAGAGAAAACCCCAGCUGACAAAAAGCCUACAAAGGAGAAGGCUCCAGCUGCUCUAACAGCUCAUGAUGGAGAGAAUAAAGCGGCAAAGGCAGAGAAAGCCCCAGCUGCAAUUAAGGCUCAAAAUGGAGCGAAAGAGGAGCCUGCAAAGGAGAAGGUCCAGGCCUCUGCCAAGGCUCAGGAUGGAGAGAAGGCAGCAGCCAAGAUAGAGAAAACCGCAGCUGAUAAAAAGCCUGCAAAGGAGAAGGCUCCAGCUCCUGUAAAAGAGAAGAUCCCAGCUGCUGCUAAGGCUCAGGAUGGAGAAAAGGCAGCAGCCAAGGCAGAGAAAACCCCAGCUGUAAAGAAGCCUCAAGAUGGAAGCAAAGAAGAGCCUGCAAAAGAGAAAGCCCCCACCACUGCAAAGGUACAGGAGGGAGGGAAGAAACCUGCAAAGGUGGAAAAAAACACGGCUGCAUUAAAGGCUGAGAAUGGAGGCAAAACAAAGCCUGCAAAGGAGAAGAUCCCAGCUGCUGCCAAGGCUCAGGAUGGAGGGAAUGAAGCUGCAAAGGUGGAACCCCCGCACGUUGCAGCAGAAGCCGGGGAUGGAGGCAAGGAGCCCACAGAGGCAGCAGCCACAGCUGCUGUGAAGGCUCAGGGUGAAGGGGAGAAAGCAGCAAAGGUGGAUGAGACAGACAAGCAGCAGCAGCCAAAGGGGCCUGAGGCCCUGCGCCCGGCUCUGCUGCAGAGCCUGAGCUGCCCAGCUACCUGCCAAAGGGAGGAGCAGCCCAGCGUGGAGGCAAUGGAGAUGAUAGCAGAGGAGACCACAGUGGUGGAGCCGAGAGAGGGUCCGACAGAGCCUGGCGCUGCCCUGCAGCCCCCUGUCUCGGCGGGGAGCCCUGCCACCCCCCAGGAGAGGACAGUGUCCAGUGCUGUGGGGCAGCCCCCUCCUCCUGCAGGGGCCACCAAGCAGCCUGGGGGGCAACCAGCCUUGACGGAGGCAGAGCCACCCCCCAGCCCCUAUCUCACCCCCGAUUUUGGGAAGGAAGACCCUUUUGAGAUACUGGACGAUGUCCCUCCACCACCAGCGCCCUUCGCGCACCGCAUCGUCACCCUGCGAUCCGGCAACGUCAGCUCCCAGUUCAACCUCAGCUCCAAGGAGAUCCUGGGAGGGGGCAAGUUUGGUGAAGUCCACACAUGCACGGAGAAGCAGACAGGGCUCAAGUUGGCAGCCAAAGUGAUCCGGAAGCAGGGUGCCAAGGACAAGGACAUGGUGCUGCUGGAGAUUGACGUGAUGAACCAGCUGAACCACCGCAACCUCAUCCAGCUCUACGACGCCAUUGAGACGCCCCGGGAGAUCAUCCUCUUCAUGGAGUUUGUGGAGGGCGGUGAACUCUUUGAGCGGAUCAUUGACGAUGAUUACCACCUGACGGAGGUGGACUGCAUGGUGUUCGUCCGACAGAUCUGUGAGGGCAUCCGAUUCAUGCACCACAUGCGUGUUCUUCACCUCGACCUCAAGCCCGAGAACAUCCUCUGUGUUGCUGCCACCGGGCACAUGGUGAAGAUCAUCGACUUUGGGCUGGCUCGAAGGUACAACCCCCAGGACAAGCUGAAGGUGAACUUUGGCACCCCUGAAUUCCUCUCUCCUGAGGUGGUCAACUACGAGCAGGUCUCCUACUCCACGGACAUGUGGAGCAUGGGCGUCAUCACUUACAUGCUGCUCAGCGGCCUCUCCCCCUUCUUGGGUGACAACGACACCGAGACACUGAACAACGUCUUGGCUGCCAACUGGUACUUCGAUGAGGAGACCUUCGAGAGCGUCUCUGAUGAGGCCAAAGACUUCGUCUCGAACCUCAUCAUCAAGGAAAAGAGCGCCCGGAUGAGUGCCGGGCAGUGCCUGGAGCACCCUUGGCUCAACAACCUGGCAGAAAAGGCCAAGCGCUGCAACCGCCGGCUCAAGUCCCAGGUGCUGCUCAAGAAAUACGUCAUGCGACGGCGCUGGAAGAAAAACUUUAUCGGGGUGUGUGCCGCCAACCGAUUCAAGAAGAUCACCAGCUCGGGGUCACUGACAGCGCUGGGGGUCUGAGCGGGGCUCCUGGGGGAGCCUGAAACACUCGUGAGUCAAGGCCACAGAGGAACCGUUUGAGAGCCAUGGGGCCAUGCCUGAGUUCCUCAUCAGUUUUGCUUCUGGAUGGCAGCAGGACCUCACUGGGGUCAGCCUCUGCCUGCUCCCCACCUCAGGGCCCAGGAGCUGGAGAUGUGUAGCUCCUUCCACACCCACGUUGCUGCCAGAUGCUGCUCUGGACCCUGCAGUGCGUGUUGCACCCCUGCUCAACACCAUCACCGCUGCUCUGCCACAUCCCCUGGGGCUGCUUCCCUGGCUGCGGGACUGCUCGGGACCAGGACCCCACCGGGCUCCUCGCCCGCACCCAUCACUGUGGAGCUGCUCUGCCAAGCUCAUCUCACCCUCGAUGGCAUUGCUGCACCAGGAACCUGCUGCUGGGGACACCGGCACUGCCCUUUUGGACUCCUGGGUCUCCAGCCCUCCCAGAUCUCAUUCAUCCAACACUCCCAUCUGGAUUUCUUUGGACUGUGAGGCUGCUCCUGACCACCAAUUUCCGAUCUCAUCCUGGCCCGGCUGCACAAUGCCUGACCCGCACCACCUCUGUUCUGCUCAUGCUUCCUUCCCAUGGCCUCGGAGGAGAAAGGCUGGCCUGGUGCGAGCCCUGCUGCCGGGCUGCCUGUGUUCUUGCUGCUACCUUGGACCCAAGAUGAUGCGCUCUGCCUGUAAAUGCUGCAGCCCUGCCCUGCCUUCGCUGUCACAGGACGCUGAGCUGCCCGACCUCCCUUUCCCGCACUGUGGCUUGGCACAGGGAUGAUGGAAGGCGGGUGUGGACCCUCACCCUGGUGCUUUGGCAUCUUGGCUGGGGUUGAAGCGCCUCCUCCCUGACCGGCCGGGCACGUGGGAGUGGAGCUGGCCUAGAGCUGCUGCUCGCACAGGAAGGGAGGAAGCAGUGAUUACGCUUCCAGCAGCGUCCCCAGCUGGGAUCCAGCGAGUGAAGAAGGAGGCUUUGUGUUCCUCCUGCCCUCCCUGCCCUUCAGCUCUGCCAGCAGGGGAAAAACACAACCUCUGCUUCUUCCAUCCCCGCCAGAUCAAGAUGAGUGAGGCAUCCUAAUGCAGAGCAGCUGGACCGCGCUCCCCUGCUUCCGUGAGCAUCGCUCCAGCCCCGACCACCAACACACAGGAACUGAUGGUCGGUGGCUGCAGCCGCCAGCUCCCUCGCUGCUCCUGCUCCUCUGCCUCACCCCGGCCCCCUUCUCCUCUGCCUGCACCCUUCGGGGCUCCCCAGUGCUGCUGGAGGAUGGGGCAUCCCUCGGGCUUUACAGCUUCCAGCCUUGCUUGCUGUGAGAGGGGCUGGGGGGGGAGGCUGGAGAUGAGGGGUCCUCGGCUCUCCCUGCCCUCCAGAUUAGGCUUUUGCUGUGGCUGAGCCCCCCAGCCAGGGCUGUGUGUUUGCUCGGGGGCUGCCUGUGCCCUCUGCGCCUUCUGGAAAUGCCCCACGGAGGGAUGGACAGAGGCACCAGCCUCCCAACAGGUGAAGGGGGUUUGGGCUUGUCCGCACUGGGCAGGGGAUUUGGCUUGUGGGGCUCUGCCUGGCUCUUGCCUUCUUGUAAAUAAAUGUACAGGUCUGCCCACAGCCCCUGCCUGCCCUGCGCCCCCAGGGCUUGAGGGGCUGCUCCCAGCCCCCUCCCUGGGCCACUGCCCCUGCCCAGAGAGUGCCCAGCAGCUGCAGCCCCAGAGCUGCAGAUGAGCCAGAAGGGGACACGCAGUGGCAUCUUGUCCCUGGGGUGGAGAGAGGUCCUGACUGUGCUGGGGACAGGGACUGCCUGGUGCGUCCCAGACAGGGCCAUGCAGCUCAUGAUGCCAGGGAGGUGGAUCCAGUCUGUGCCCCCUGUGAACAUCUUUGAGUCACUCCAGGAUGCUGGG